GUUGUUGUUAUUAUUGUUAGUGCCUCUGUUAACAAACGUCGUUGAGUCGGCAAAUAUUUUAUAUGUUAUACCGUUUUCGUCGGUGUCACAUUAUAUAAUGCUGCGUCCAAUCGGUCUGGAACUAGCGCGCCGAGGCCACAAUGUCACUGUCAUAACAUCGCAAAAAGAAAAAGAUCCACCGUCGAAUUACCACGAGGUCCUAGUAGAUGAUAAAAAGAUUUGGGAUAUAUUAGGCACAGAAAGACCGAACGUAUUUACUAUGGUUAAUAUGACAGCUGAAGAUUUCCAUAAGAAUAUCCUGUGGGCAGGUGGCUUAGCUUUUACAGAAUUAACGUUAAAUUCAACUGACGUCAAAGUUUUUUUGAAAAAAGACAACAAUUUUGAUUUGGUCAUAUGUGAACAAUUUUACCAAGAGGCUUUGUAUCCCCUAGCUUACAAAUAUAACACACCAUUAGUAUUAGUCACGACUUUUGGUAAUUGCAUGAGGCAUAAUUUUGUAAAUAGAAACCCUCUACAACUCGCUACAGUGACAUCAGACUUUUUAGAUGUAAGGGACCCGACGAGUUUUUGGGGAAGGUUUAGGAAUUUAUAUUUUUCGGCUUAUGAUUAUUUCUGGUGGAGAUUCUGGUAUUUGAAGAAACAAGAGGAAUUGGUUGUAAAAUAUUUACCAGAAAUAGCGAAUGAUGUGCCGAGUUUGUACGCAUUGCAAAAGCAUGUGUCAUUGAUGCUGAUCAAUAGCCACUUCAGCUACGAUACACCCUCAGCUCUGUUACCCAAUAUAAUCGAAAUUGGAGGAGUUCAUCUGUCCAACAGUAAUGCAAGUUUGCCAGAGGAUCUUCAGAAACUUUUGGAUGAAUCAAAUAAUGGAGUUGUGUACAUCAAUUUCGGGUCAAACGUUAGGAGUUCUGAGUUACCACUAGACAAGAAGGUAGCAUUUCUAAAUGUUUUUAGAAGACUGAAACAAACAGUAUUAUGGAAAUGGGAGGACGACCAGUUAGAUAACAAGCCUAGUAAUUUGGUUACACGUAAAUGGUUACCUCAAAAGGAAAUUCUUGCACAUCGUAAUAUUAAAGUGUUUGUAUCACACGGCGGUUUGAUAGGAACGCAAGAAGCUAUAUUUAAUGGAGUACCUCUCAUCGGCGUUCCAAUAUAUGCUGAUCAGUUUAACAACUUGCUUCUCGUCGAAGAAGCGGGCUUCGGCAAAAUUCUCCAGUAUCAAGAUAUUAAUGAAAAAACGCUUUAUGAUUCUCUCAGUGAAAUUUUAAAUAAUAAUUCUUAUAUAGAUAAGGCUAAAGAAAUAUCCCAAGCAUUUAAGGAUAGACCGAUGACCGCGUUGGAUUCAGCCAUGUUCUGGAUAGAAUAUGUAAUAAGAAAUAAAGGAGCUGAUUAUAUGAAGAAUCCGGCAAGAAAUAUGAGCUGGGUCGCUUACACUAUGAUUGAUGUGUAUGCUUCAAUAUUGAUAUUUUUAAUUAUCAUUAUUGCAACAUCUGUUAAAGUGACGAGAUCUAUUCUGAAUGUUUUAUGUGUUCAUAAAACCCAAGUAAAAAAUAAAAAGAAGCGCUUGUAAAAAUAGGGUAAUUAUGCUUUUAGAUGAAUAUUUCAUUUAUAUAUAUAAAUAGCCGGUAGUUGAAUC